CAACUCCUUUUCAUUGGGCAUUCCUCCCUCCCAGAGAGGUCCAAAGAGAACGAACUUUGCCGGGGAUAGGUAGGUACCAACCACCGCCCCAGAGCUCCAGGAUUCUCUUUGGACCCCUCUGGGCAUAGAGCCUAUUUCUCCAGCCUGUUGCAGAUAAAGCCAAAGCUAGCCGCGUUUUGGGGAGACGUUUCUGCCUCACCGCGGCUCCCAGAAUACGUUGGGCUGAUCAGCCUCCAGCCACUCAUUCCCCAGCACCCCACUUGGGUGGGCUCCUUCCUUGCCUAGGCUGCACGCGACCCCUCCCUUUUCAAGCAGUCAGACUCCAACCAGCCUGAGUCAGGACAAGGGAAGGAAAGGAAAGGGGCCAGAGCUGGGGAGAUCCGAGCGUGGAGGCCCAUUUGGGGGGAGGGUCAGUCCGUAGGUCUGUCCGCAUGCAUCUGGAGCUGCUGGAAUUUCCACUCCCUUCCAAGAAUUGCUGCUAAAUGGUUCCCGCUGCCUCUCGAGUCACGUGAAACGGCGAUUAUAUAUCUCCCCUUCACCGCGCUCCGGAGCCUGCCCUCAGUUCUUCAGCACAACCCAGUGCUCCUCAACUGCUGAGAGGGAUGUACCCUUUCGCCCGAGCCCAGGCAAUGCGCCUGGGCGCACCUUCCAACAGCCUCCGUUAGCUGCAAGCACCGUGGGCCACUGUCCAGUUUUCUGCGCUUUUCCUACUUCUCCCAGACUCAAGUCAGGCUUUCACCUAAGUGACCAGAGGUGUCCACUUCGGUCUGGCUGAAGCACAAUAUUUCCUGAGAUGUCUAGCACCACAGAAGUGGGAGCGAGUAACGAGGUCCCCCCAGUCGCGGAGGGUAGCUCAGUCCAGAUUAACCCGGAGCUGAAGCAGCCCACAGAAGAGGACCUCUUGCUGGCUGCUGCCUACGUUUAUGAUGCCCAAUACAAUAGAAAUAUUCCAUUUGAAACUUCCCCUCAGGCUAUCAGAUUUUACUAUCUUUACAACCACUGGGCUAUGCAAGUUGCCACCUACUUCUUUAUUUUUCUAGAUCUUUCUCUUGCCCUGUUUGAGGAGCCUGCUGUGUACCCACUCCCUUUCCUGGCUACCUCAAUUGUCGAAGUUCUCUGUCUUUGUGUAUUUUUGGGGCGGCUUGUACAGUUUGCAAAAGUCACUCCACGCAAAGUUUUCUGGAAGGAUACCAAAAACAUCUGUGUCAUGCUAACCAUAAUGCUGACCUUAAUAGAUCUAAUUAUUUAUGGAUCUCUUAGAAUCUUUAACAUCCGCAGUGUUCGAUGGUCAAGAUUCCUAAGGCCUCUCUUCUUAAUCAAUUUUCCUGAAAGCCGUCAAAUUCGAAGGGCCUUCCGAAGUAUCCGGAACACUUUACCAGAGGUUCUCUAUGUAUUUCUCUUGCUCAUGUUCAAUGUGUUGAUGUUCUCUCUUAUGGCCUUGAAAUUGUUUGGUGAUAGGAAUCUUAAAACGGUGGAAGGAGUAUCCUAUUUUACAAAUAUUCUAGAUAUAAUGUUUGAUCUCUAUGUUCUGGUGACCACUGCUAACAGCCCUGAUGUCAUGAUGCCUGCUUACAACUUAGAUUGGCGAUAUUCUCUCUUUUUCAUAACCUACAUCGUCAUCAAUACCUACAUCUUCAUGUCUGUCUUUCUAGCUGUUGUGUACAACAACUACAGAAAGCAUUUAAAGAAUGAGAUUCGGAAACUGGCUUACAUGAAACGUCACAAAAUGAUAGAGGCUUUCAAUAUUCUGAAGACCAAGGAGGGCACAGAGUUUGUUGUUAAGGAAGCCCCAUGGAAGCAGUUAGUAAAGAUCGUGGCCCCUGACAUCAGCAAUUCUCACCGUGAGCUCCUAUUGAGGAUAUCUGAUGAGGAGCAGAAGGGAUAUGUGGAGAAAAAAUGCUUUUUAAGAUUAGCCGAUCUAUUGAACAUUCAAGUGAUUACUAUGAAAUUUAAAAGACAUCCCCUGGAGAUCUGGAUGCCCUUGAUGUAUAAGUCUUCAGGAAGUCUUUUUAUACAAAAGAUAGUUCGACAUAGGAUGUUUGUCUGGAUUUAUGAUGCAAUUAUCCUAAUAAAUGCUGUAUUCAUUGCUUUGGAUGAGAAAAACCCACUCAUUUCCUAUGCAGAAUGGGUUUUCCUUUCUCUAUAUAUUAUUGAAAUACUCCUGAAGUUGUACACCUAUGAACCCAAGACAUUUUUUGCAAGGAAUCAGUUCUGGAACUGGUUUGAUACCUUAAUCAUCAUUGCAGCUUUGAUGGCCACAAUAACCAACACUGCAAUUAAAUCAGUCAUUGAAUAUAACAGUCAACAGAUCCUGGAUAUUGUCUUUAUAUUGAGGCUUCUCCGGCUCAUAAGGAUUGUUGACAGCAUUCAGAGAUUCCGGGUCAUAAUGACAACCUUAAUUAAUAUCAUCCCUACAAUGCUGACAUUUGGUGGACUUGUUUUGGUGGUGUACUACAUGUUUGCUAUCAUUGGGAUGGAAGUAUUCCAGGGCAAAGUCCAGUUCUUCUCUGAGAGUUCCACAGAUCCUCAUGCUCUGGACUGUGGGAACCCAGCCCUGAAAGAGUCAAUGUUUGCUCGAAGCAGAUACUGUAAGAAUAAUUUCAAUGACCUCGCCUCUUCAUUCAUUGUACUAGUGGAGCUCACUGUGGUAAAUCAGUGGCAUGUUAUCGCUGGUGGUUUUGCUCUUGUAACUCAUCAGACUACAAAGUUAUUCUUCAUUGCUUUCCAUAUUGUGGUCGUCAUCCUCAUUGUUAAUAUUUUUAUAGCAUUCAUUUUGGAGGCUUUCUUUGUGGAAUAUUCAUUAGAAAAAAGUGAAAUAGAAACUACUAUUGAGAAGAAAAUUCAAGAGCUGGGUAUGGGAAUUCAAGAGGAAGAUGUUCCUGAUGGGAAACUGAUAGACAAUAUGGAAAUGAAUGAAAAUGAUCUUAGGGGUGGGGAAGAAAUGCAAAAGCAGGACUCGAAAGGAUUGUUCUUCCGAAUUGCCUCAAAAAGGUACAGGACAGUGGAUGCAUUAUUACAACGGAUGUUUGAGUCAGAAAUAUCUCCAGAAGAUGAAGGACCUUCCUUAGAUGAGAUUUUGAAUCUUUCACCCAAUGAUAUGUAUCCAAAGAAUCCAACCUUUGAGAAUUCUGCCUAGUCCAAAUUUGAAGAAGAACUGGAAAUAUGAUGAGCUAGUAUCAUUUAUUUUUGUAUAUGUUGUUUGGGGAUUUUUAAAAGGGCUAAAUUCUUCUCCUUUGCAUUCUUAUCUAGUCUGCUCAAAAGCCCUUUUGGGAAAUAACCUUUCCCAGAGAUGGGUGAAUUUUUUUUUUAAUCAUAGGACCAAGAUAACCCUUUAGCUUAGAGCUCACCCUGGGUCUUUUAUUAUUUUUUUUAGAGCUAUUUUGCCUGAAAAGGAAUUGAAACUUUGAAAACAAAUAAGUAAUACAUAUAUAUGUAUAGAUUUAAGCCUUUACCUUUUGUCUUAGAAUUGAUACUAUUUGUUCUAAGGCAGAAGAGUGGAAAGGGCUAGUCAGUUGGGGUUCUGUAACUUGGCCAGGGUCAUUUGGUUUGGAAGUAUCUGAGGUUAGAUUUGAACCCAGGAGCUCUAGGAAUACUUUAUACAGGGAUUAUGAAUAGCACUUACUUUGAAUAUAUGUAUACAUAUGGAGUCUUGUUGCAAAGUAUAUAUAAAAUUCUAGUAGUUUAUAUUUACACAGUAUUCUGUGAUCCUACUAAAUAGAUAUUAUAUUCUAAGAAUUUAAAAUAUUUAAAUAAUGGGGGAUAGCUGUGACUCAGUUGUUUAGAGCCACAUCUAGAGAUGGGAGGUCCUGAGUUCAAAUCUGGAUUCAGAUACUUCCUAGCUGUGUGACCCUGAGAAAGUUGUUUAACAACCAAUAUCUAACCCUUACCUCUCUUCUGCCUUAUAACCAAUAUACAGCAUUGAUUCUAAGAUAGAAGGUAAGGGUUUAAAAAAUAAUUUAAAAAAAUUAAUGGAGGUUUUUCUAGUACAAUAAUUCCAAGCUUUAUACAAGAUGGAAAAUGUGAAUGUGGGAAUAAAAUUAUGUAGAGAUCACAAUAUGGUUCGAACUUUGAAGUACUUCAUUCUUGGUUUCUCAGAAACUAACCCAUUCUUAGUCCUUGGAGAUUCUUAUAUUAAUGUUCAUACCUAUAACCUGGGGAAGUUUUUUUUUCCCCUUCAAAUAAUAAUAGCACACUUUAAAAAUAUUAUCUCAUUUUAUUCUCCCAACAAGUCUGGGAGGUGGGUACAAUUAUUGUCCCAUUUUACAGAUUAGAAAACUGAGGCAGACAGUGACUUGCUCAGUUUCUUAUACUUAGUGUCAGUGGGCCAGAUUUGAACUCAGGUCUUUUUGACUUCAGGAAAAUGAUUCCAUGAAAACCAUUUUUUUAAACUCUUACCUUCUGUCCUAUUAUCACUUCUAAUAUAGAAGAGCAGUGAGGGUCAGGCAAUGAGGGUUAGGUGACUUGCCCAAGUUCAUACCACUAGGAAAUGUCUGACAUCAGAUUUGAACCCAGAACCUCCUAUCUCUAGGUCUCUCUGCCCUGAAAAUAAUUUUUAUUUGAUUUUUUUUUAACGUGCCAGAUUUUUUUGCCACAAAGACAAAGAGGCAGAAAUGGCAAUUUAGAUGAUCAAAAUUCCCUUUUAUUAUUGUGCAAAGGACAUGCAGUAUUAAAUGUGUCUCAGAAGAGCCAGACACUGAAGACCCUACUUGGUGCCAAUCCCAUGUUGUUAACACUAUGAAAGUUCAUUCAUUUCUCAUUUCAGAUGGGUGGCAGUGAUCCUGUUCAUCCCUUAUUCUAGGGGAGGGUUCAGCUGAACAUCACCAGUAUAAAUGUCUGUCAUAGCCUUCUUCCCUCUCCCCACCCAACGCCUAUUCCCAAUAGAUUGAAAUCUCCUUGAAGGCAGGGACUGUAUUUCCACCCCCAUGUACCUUGCACAUUGUAGGUGCUUGAUAAAUAUUUAUUGAAUGAAUAAAUAAGAAUUUCCUACUGUGGCA